AUGUCUUCUUCACACAUUUCUUUCACACCUGCUCUUCGACCUAUUCCGCUUCCUUUUCUAGAUCCUCUACCUGAAACAUUUGAAGAAACUUUAGUGUUUGAAGAAUCAGAAGAAUCAUUUUCUUCUCUCAUGUCAACACAAUCUUUUCCUAGGAUAUCAAGAUUACCUCCUGUAGCUACACCGGGAGCUGGUUCGUCAAGUGGUGGAAGGUUCAUCUACAUCGGUGUGAGAUCAGGACAUAAGACGGGUGUGUAUACCCGUUGGAGAGAAGCUGAACCACAAUUGGUGGGUCAUCCUGAACCAUCAUACAAAACAUUUUCUACGCGUUUAGCUGCUCAAGCCUACGUCUUAGGCUGGGAAGGAGCAGGUCGUCAUUCCCUUCCUGGUCAUUGUCCACGACCUUUAUUAGAAUACCUGGCUAUGAGCUUCCCAAACUCUGUCACCCUUCCUUCUUCCAAGAGACCUUCUUAUCACGCCCGACUUCUCUCCGCACCUUCUCUCCCCAGGACAUCCGAGUCGUCCGAUUUCUCACCUUCCUCACGCCCACCAUUCCGUCAAUCGAGAUCUUACGAUAGUCGAGUUCGCGUUUCCAGUCCACUCCGAUGGGAAGUAGAUGAAGAACCUACUUUCAGACCACGUGCAACCACUAGCGUAAUUGGCGCUGGUGGUUUAUUGAGUCCUCCCGCUAGCCCAAAUGGGAAAACUAGUAUUAUGGAUCGGGAAAGACCUUUGAAACCUAAGAAUACAUUGGAAAUUGGUCAAUGGGCAUCUUUGGACCAUCGAGAAUUUACUACUUCACGUUCGACUCGGUUACUCAGUCCACCAACAUCGCCUCCUGCAAUAACAACUUCGACCACGUCAAUGAAAGAUAAACGUCGUUCGACUAAUGUAACUUCAUCACCAUUAUGGUCCACUCCUAAACCAUCCACACCAAAACCAAAACCAACAUCAACACCCACUCAUAGUCCCUUGGCUCAACCUCAUCCUCAAGCAAUACGAAUAACAACCGAUCCGACUGAAGGUAUACCAACAGGAAAGACGGCUCCUAAAUUCUCUCGAUCAGGAAUCAAAAGAUCAAAUGUCGUAAUGCCUAUCGCAGCUCCUAAAUCGUCUUUAACAAAGAAACCAUCACGUUCAUCUCUUUCACUUUCUUCGAAUACAUCAUCAACUUCACUAUCUCGACCUUCACUUUCAAGAGACGCAUCACAAGAUCGUUUGUCUACUCUUUCCGAAACGUCAAGAAAAGAACUUCAACUAAAUGCUGAAGGUUUAAUGGCGUUGGAUUCACUUUUAACUCCACCUCGACCUGCGUUCAUGAGACGUACCACUUCUAAUUCUUCUUUGACAUCGGAUUCCUCCAUGUGUUCACUCACUUCCGGUAGUUCCGCCCCCACAUCAAGUUUCGAAUCUUGUACUGUUAUAGAAGAGGAAGAGGGGGUUGUGGUAGUUGAUGGGACAUGUACAAAAAGUGAGGGAGAUUUGGAAAACACCAGCAGUGUGGAGAGUGGGUCAACCAAGGGUUCUAUAGUCAUGGGUUCGGUAGAGAUGGGAGGGAAGAAAGGUGGAAUGUUUAAAAGGUUAUCAAAGGUUUUAAAAUUGGAUAAGAAGAGGGAUAUGAGGGAGUUGAGAAGACCAAGUAUUUGA